ACACCCUCCCGACCCCCGCUUCGAUACCGGACCAAUAAGUUGUUGCUGUCCGGCGGCCCAAGCAGCUUCCCGGAUGGUAUGCCGAGGUCCAUUGGCACCCGAAUCGAGCUUUCGUCGUCUGGGAUAUCUUCAACUUCCCGCAUCUUCCAACUUCUCCUCCUUUCUCUCUCCUCUCCUUUUUAACUUCACCUCCUCCCUGGCUUAUGAGCAUUCAAUUUUACUCCUAUCUCCAUAUAAUCUAGCCAGCCAAGUUACGUCCCAUUUCCAUUCGUUCUCCCAUACCUUGUACACAACAUGUCGGAACUUCGAUUCGAUAACCAGACAGUUGUUGUCACCGGUGCUGGUGGCGGCCUAGGAAAAGCAUAUGCUCUUUUCUUCGGUAAACGCGGUGCCAAUGUCGUCGUCAAUGAUUUGGGAGGAUCACACCGGGGUGAGGGCGCUUCGUCUAAGGCCGCCGAUGUCGUUGUAGACGAGAUUAAAGCUGCUGGCGGUAAAGCCGUAGCUAACUAUGACAGUGUUGAGUUUGGAGACAGAAUCAUCGACACCGCCGUCAAAGCCUUCGGCCGCAUUGAUAUCUUGAUUAAUAAUGCUGGCAUUCUACGGGAUAUCAGCUUUAAGAAUAUGAAAGAUGUCGACUGGGAUUUAAUCAACAUGGUCCACGUCUAUGGUUCUUACAAGUGCGCAAGAGCUGCCUGGCCACACUUCCGGAAACAGAAGUUCGGACGAGUGAUUAACACUGCGUCAUCUGCUGGUCUAUUCGGAAAUUUCGGACAAACCAACUACUCGGCUGCCAAGCUGGCCAUGGUUGGCUUUACCGAGACAUUGGCGAAGGAGGGUGCGAAAUAUAACAUUUUGGCCAACGUUAUUGCGCCAAUUGCUGCCAGCCGUAUGACUGAGACAGUCAUGCCUCCAGAUGUGUUGGAGCACCUUAAACCCGAGUGGAUUGUGCCCCUGGUCGCCGUUCUUGUCCACUCCUCCAAUACCUCCGAAUCUGGAAGCAUUUUUGAGGCUGGCGCUGGCCACGUAGCUAAGUUGCGAUGGGAGCGUGCAAAGGGUGCGUUGUUGAAGACAGAUGCCUCUCUCACGCCCCAGGCUCUUCUUGCCAAGUGGAAUGAUAUCACGGAUUUCUCGGAGCCAAGCUAUCCUACUGGCCCUGCGGACUUCUUAGGGCUCUUGGAACAAGCACAGAAUGUACCCAGCGCCCCCGCCGGUGAGAACCUGGAUUUCACUGGCAAAGUUGCUCUCAUUACUGGUGCUGGAGCUGGUUUAGGUAGAGCCUAUGCUCUGCUCUUUGCUAAGCUUGGAGCUUCUGUCGUUGUCAACGACGUCGCUGACCCAUACACCGUUGUUGAGGAGAUCAAGAAGCUCGGAGGCAAGGCUGUUGCCUCCAAGGCAUCUGUUGAAGACGGAGAGGCUGUUGUAAAGCCUGCGAUUGACGCCUUUGGCCGCAUCGAUAUCCUGGUCAACAAUGCUGGCAUUCUCCGCGACAAAGCAUUCACAAACAUGGAUGACAAUCUGUGGAACACUAUCAUGAAUGUCCACCUUAGAGGCACCUACAAGGUCACCAAGGCUGCAUGGCCUUAUUUCUUGAAACAGAAGUAUGGCCGUAUUGUUAACACCUCCAGCACCAGCGGUAUCUAUGGUAACUUUGGACAGGCUAACUAUGCUGCUGCUAAACUCGGCAUCCUAGGAUUCUCUCGUGCUUUGGCCCUUGAGGGUGCCAAGUACAACAUCUACGUCAACACCAUUGCCCCAAAUGCUGGUACCGGAAUGACCCGGUCCGUCCUGCCAGAAGAGCUCGUUCAGGCCUUCAAACCCGAUUAUGUGGCGCCAAUGGUCGUUCUACUCUGCUCUGACAAGACGCCCGAGCCGACCAAGGGCUUGUACGAAUGUGGAAGUGGUUGGUUUGCCAAAACCAGAUGGCAACGCAGCGGUGGGCAUGGAUUCCCUGUCGAUGUCCAACUCACCCCUGAAGCCGUUGUUUCCCAAUGGAGCAGGAUUAUCACAUUCGAUGAGCGUUCCGAUCAUCCCGAAGACGGCCAGGCGGGCAUGAAGAGCAUCAUGGCUAACAUGAGCAAUGUCAGCGGUGGGAAAAGUGAGGAAUCCAAGGGCGACCGGCAGAUCUUGAAGGCCAUCGAGGCCGCUAAGAACACUAAGGCCCAGGGAACUCCCUUCGACUACGCUGACAAGGAUGUCAUCCUUUACAACAUCUCUCUUGGUGCGAAGCGAACUGACCUGCCGCUCGUCUACGAAAACAGCUCGGAUUUCCAGGCCCUUCCUACUUUCGGCGUGGUCCCCUGGUUCACCACUACCACCCCUUGGGACGUCGCUGAUAUCGUCUCCAACUACUCACCCAUGAUGCUCCUACACGGUGAGCAGUAUCUCGAGAUCCGCAAAUUCCCCAUUCCCACCGCCGCCAAGACCAUCAACGUCCCCAGCCUUAUCGAUGUGGUUGACAAGGGCAACGCCGCGCUCGUCGUCACGGGCUUCACCACCAAGGAUGCACGAACUGGCGAAGAUCUCUUUUACAAUGAGUCGACCAUGUUCAUCCGCGGAAGCGGCGGCUUUGGCGGAUCGCCCAAGCCCACCGCCCGUCGCGCAAAGGCUGCCACGGCCGCCUACAAGCCACCGCAGCGCAAGCCCGACGCCGUCAUCGAGGAGAAGACCUCCGAAGACCAAGCCGCCCUCUACCGUCUGAAUGGCGACUACAACCCACUCCACAUUGACCCAGACUUUUCUAAAGUCGGCGGUUUCAAGGACCCCAUCCUGCACGGCCUCUGCUCCUUCGGCAUCUCUGGCAAGCACGUGUUCAAGACGUUCGGUGCCUUCAAGAGCAUCAAGGUCCGAUUUGCCGGUGUUGUGAUCCCGGGUCAGACUCUGAGGACCGAAAUGUGGAAGGAGAACGGCACCGUUGUGUUCCAGACUACUGUUGUGGAGACCGGAAAGCCUGCUAUUGCUGGGGCUGGUGUCGAGCUUCUCUCGACUGGCGCGAAGCUGUAAAUGCGGGAUGCGUGGAAAAGCGAAGAUGAGUUUUUAGGCAAUGAAAAGCUCUUUUAUCUUUUCUUUUAGCUGCUCAAGUCCUGCAGUUUCCUUCUUUUCUAUCAUAUAGGACUGUAGUUUUCUUAUUUUCUUUUUCUAUUUUGUGUAUAUAGGUAAGGCUUAGCUCUGGUAUUCCGGUUGUCUUCGUGUUGAUUUUUUUCCCAUAUUGUGACGUGACAUGUACGGAUACACAUGAUUUCAUUCUCGGCUCGAAUUCUACAAUAUCAUACUGGCUCUUAACCAGAUUAAUUCCUAGAUGUCCCCUGGUCCAACUUGUUAACCUCAAGAGAAUCGUAAGAGAUACCUUUUCUUUCCUGGACAUCCCGCAUUCUGAGAGUGUUCUAGACCCUUGUUGGCUUCGCCGAGCCGUAGAUCCUUACGUAGAUAAAAAAAAAGAAAAAA